AUGUCUGCGACAGAGUCUCUCCAGGCCGAGGACGCCUACUUCGCCAGCAAUCCUCCUCCCAAGCAGCUUGCCGCCCACACUGCGCUGGCCGAGACCUUCAUCACGCAACAUGCCGCGGCAAACCGGCGAGUCGUGCUCGUCACGUCGGGAGGAACGACGGUUCCGCUGGAGAAGAACACUGUGAGGUUCAUUGACAACUUCUCUGCCGGUACCCGUGGUGCCACCAGUGCCGAGUACUUCCUCUCUGCUGGAUACGCCGUCAUCUUCCUCCAUCGCCAGUUCAGCCUGCUGCCCUACUCGCGCCAUUACUCCCACUCCACCGACUGUCUUCUUGACCUCCUCCACGAGGAUUCCGACGGCCACGUCGCUGUGCGACCCGACGACUCUGUCAGGAUCCUCGACGUCCUGCGCAAGUACCAGAGCGCCCGCCGCGACAAUAUGCUCCUGCUGCUGCCCUUUGUCACCAUUGGCGAUUACUUGCACGAGCUUCGCGCCGUGGCUCGGCUUAUGGCGCCGUUGGGAUCGUCCGGUCUGCUCUAUCUUGCCGCGGCCGUGUCCGACUUCUUCGUCCCGCCGGAGCGUCUUUCGGAGCACAAGAUCCAGUCGACCAACAUAGUUGAAAAGCUCUACCCGAAGAACGCAUCGUCGCCGUCGCCGUCGCCGCAAAUCGAAGACGAAGAGACGUUUGACAACUUUGACGCCUCCCCCCGCGUGCCGCGUUCCAAGCGCCUCAUUAUCGAUCUCGAUCCCGUACCCAAGUUCCUCAAGAGCCUCGUCGAGGGCUGGGCUCCCUUGGGCAUGAUUGUCAGCUUCAAGCUCGAGACAGAUCCCCGCAUCCUCGUCCACAAGGCGCGUUACAGCCUCGAGCGCUACCAGCACCACCUCGUCGUGGGAAACCUCCUCUCGACGCGCAAAUGGGAGGUUGUCUUUGUUGCUCCAGGCCGCGAGGACCGCUGGCUCCGUGUGGCCCGACUCGGCGGCUGGGGCGAUGCCGAGGGGAGGCCGCUACGACCGGACGAGGCGCCCGAGGGAGAUCCAGAAGAGGAGAUUGAAGCUUUGAUCAUACCAGCUGUAGCAGAACUUCACGAUGCGCAUAUUGCAAAGUCAAACAAUGCCGAAAAGAAAUAG